GCUGUCACAAGCAGAGCAGUCGCUGAAGCGAACAGUUGCUGCAUCGCUGCCGCCUCCCUCCAUCUGUUUCUGCUGUGUUCUUCACAAAUCUACGACUUCAGGCAAUUAUUUCAUUCAAGAGGAGGAAGAGGAGCUGAUGAAGGGUUAUUUUGGUUAAUUGCCGACUCACUCUGAACUGGAGGUGAGUGGAAGGGAUUUUUUGCAACGCUGCAAGGCAGCUGGGGAUUCCUCCCUGGGAUUUAUUUGCUGGUUUUUCUGCAGAAAUCUUUGGACAUUUGUUUUUGUGUUUUGAGAACUGAAGCUGCCUGUAAUGGGAAACAGGUGGAAAUGUGAGGGUUAACCCCCCACCCCACUGUGCUGCAUAUUGGCAAGGCUUCCCCACUUCUCUGCAGCCAAAGAUCCAGACGCUGACAAAUUGCACCUCAAUCAGGUGCAACCUUGGUGUGUGCUGCUCGGUUCUGGGAACACUGGGAUCUGAAGCGAGCAAGCAGAAAUUGGUGGAAGUGGAGGGCGGUUCGGUCAUUUCGUGGACUCGGGGGAGAAGAUGCCAGCCAUCCUGGUGGCCUCAGCCAUGAAGUCAGGACUCCCGAAACCCAAACCGGUUCACAGUGCCCUCCCCAUCCCCCAGGCCCCCAGCAGACCGUCGGCCUUAGCGCUGCCUUCGGCGCCACUCAAGAGCCGGCAGGUGUCCAUCAGACCGCCGAGGAGUUCUCCGGAGUCGGAGGCUGGAAACCCUCAGAUCUACACGGACUGGGCCAACCACUACCUUGCCAAGUCAGGACACAAGCGGCUCAUCAAGGACCUGCAGACGGACGUUACGGAUGGAGUGCUGCUGGCCGAGAUCAUACAGGUCGUCGCCAAUGAGAAGAUUGAUGAUAUCAAUGGGUGUCCCAAAAGCCGUUCUCAGAUGAUUGAGAACAUUGAUGCUUGUUUGAGUUUCCUGGCAGCUAAAGGAGUCAACAUCCAGGGUCUGUCUGCAGAAGAGAUUCGUAAUGGGAAUCUGAAGGCGAUCCUCGGCCUCUUCUUCAGCUUAUCCCGCUACAAACAGCAGCAGCAGCAGGCCCAGCGGCAGAACUCCCAGCCCAGCCUCCCGCCGGCGGCCCAAACCCAGAACACACACCCUUCCCUGAGCCAGCAGAGCAGCGCUCCGGCACAGCUCAGCCACUCUCCGCAUGGGACGCCCGCCCUCACAGCACAGAAAGCAGCACAGGCCGAGAUGCAGUCCAGGGAUGCUUGUCAGAGUAAACUUCUCAAGUUUUCCAUUGGUCAGAAAAAGAGCUCUAGACUUCCUGGCCCGACAACAAGGGUGUCCACUGCUGGCGGUGACGUCCCUCCCAGAAGCUCGGUCAGCGCUGCUGGAAACCGGCGCAGUCAGGGCUGCAGUGACAAGACCAAAGCAAGUUUACAUCCGAACAAAGAUUCCUUGGACGGCAUGACCUCACAGCUCUCUGUGAUGACUGAACAUGCUUCGUCGUCUGCAGUGACCAUCGGCUCCUCCACCAGCGUCCUAUCUGCUACCUCCCACCUGGUUCCUCCAUCUUCCUCUCCUCCUCCCCGUCUACCGCCAUUCCCCCAACCCAACAGCAGCAGCAAACCCUGGAGGAGCAAGUCAGUGAGCGCCAAGCACACCAACGCCCAGCCGCCAUCGUCCACUUGCAACCCAUCUGUAAUGCAGUCCAACAAGCCAGAGAAGGACGCAUCAACCAAGGUUGAAGCUCCUCCCAAAGCUGCCACCCAGAAGUCGAUGCUUGAGAAACUUAAGCUGUUCAACAGCAAAUCAGGAUCUAAAGCGGCAAUGCCACCGGACAGCGCCGCCCCAGUCCGGACACCUCUGGAGAGAUUGGAAAACGGCUCCAACACUGACCCUUUAGAGGAAGAAGACGGCAACCUGCGACCAGGGAUGAACGGGACGACAGCCGACAACUGCCAGCAGCCCAAAAUUGCUCUGAAGGGCAUUGCCCAACGCACUUUCAGCAGAGCUUUGACUGCCAAGAAGGGUUCAGUGAAAGGCCUGGACAAGGAGAAAGGAAGGAGAAGGAGAAAGGGAAGGAGUGGGCAACGCGGCUCUGACAGAACGGAGCUAAGGGGGGAGCUUAAGGAGGAAGUAACGCCAAUUCCUCCGGAUGUGGAGGCGUCCAACAAAAGACGUCCAAAAUUGCUGUUUCAUUCCAAGGGUGGAAAAGUAGCCAAAAAGGAGAGUUCCACCCCAGCACAAAGCGGAAUACCAAAGCCAGGAGGCAAAGCCCCGGGAGCUGGGGGCAAAGCUUCUUCAGCAAAGGAGGCGGCGGAGAGGCCUCGGAGCAUGCGGCUGGGCGGAGGCGGGCUCGCCAUGCACCGCGGGACUCUGGACAGAGACAGGGACAGCAGGCACUCCAGCUCUACCUCCAGCUUGGCCUCCACUGAAGGGAAGUCCGGCGCCGCCCCGGUGGCGGGUUUAGGCACUACGCAGAGCACGGCCAGCAACACUGUCAGCGUGCAGCUACCUCAGACGCAGCAACUGCACAGCCACCCCAACACGGCUACUGUCGCACCUUUCAUGUACAGAACACAAACAGAUGGCGAGGGAACGGUGAACUCGGAGAGCGGCUCAGUGGGAGGCGGAGACAUUUCCUGCUCAAAGACCAGCCAGACCUCCAUCGAAGACCUUUCAGGUGAAGACCCAGAGACCAGACGGCUGCGGACCGUCAAAAACAUUGCAGACCUACGGCAAAAUUUAGAAGAGACCAUGUCUAGUCUGCGGGGAACUCAGGUCACUCACAGUACUCUGGAAACCACCUUUGACGGCAGCGUUACGACAGACAUCAGCAGUGCCGGCGGCGGCGGAUUGUCCGGCAACAGCAGUAGCGGCGGCGGGAGCGGUCGAAGCAUCCUCAGCCUUACCUCCGCCCGCUCGUCGCUGUCACCGUGGCGACUGGGGCAGUCCAGCCCUCGUCUGCAGGCGGGCGACGCCCCUUCUGUUGGGAACGGCUACGGCGGGCGAGGCGGGCGCUACCUGUACCCUGGGCACCUGCGGAGGCAGCUGGCCGGCAGGGGCGGUGCUCUGUGCAGCGUGGAGCUGGGGGACAGAGCUGGAGACGAAAUGGAGCUGGACGGCCCCGCCGUGGAGGUCACCGGCUACAUGAGCGACGGAGAUGUGCUGAGCAAGAACGUCAUGCGCACUGACGAUGUCACCAGUGGCUAUAUGACUGAUGGCGGUUUGGGUCUCUACACUCGCCGCCUGAACCGACUGCCUGACAGCAUGGCUGCAGUUCGAGAGACGCUCCAUCGGAACGCGUCGUCAGGACAGGGAGACGCCGACAGCUGGGAUGAUAGCAGUUCGGUAAGCAGCGGCAUCAGCGACAACAUCGACACUGAUGACAUCAACACCAGUUCCUCCAUCUCCUCCUACACCAACACACCUGCAGCUCAGCGCAAAGGCCUCAACACACAGCCUGUGACGGAUGCGGAGAAGCACUCUGCCUCUACAACAGCUCACCAGGCUUGGACCAGAGACGAGGCGAAGCGGCCUGACGGCGGGCUGGACGGCGGCGUCAGGAUGGACGCCAAGUGGAGCCGCAGGAACUGCGACGUGUCCGACGAGUCCGACAAGGGCUGCUCGGGGAGGAAGACGGCCUCUGUGUCCAACACGGGCUCCUGGAGGAGAGGCAUGAGCGCGCAGGUGGGGGUGACGUCGCCCCGCACUAAAAGCACCAGCAGCACCGGCUCCACGGUUUCAGUCGGCCUGAAAAGCCACGGCUCGGGUAAAACCGACGACGUAAAAGUGUCGGAGAAAGGUCGCCUCUCUCCGCGCUCAAACGGCCUCCAGCGCUCGCCGUCUGACGCCGGGCGCAGCAGCGGCGACGAGGCCAAGAAGCAGCCGGUCCCCGCCGGCCGCGCCGCCGCCCCGCUGACGCACACCGUCUCCGACCCGCAGUCUCACACGCUCAUGCUGUCGACCCGCACCCCGACCAGCACCUUCGGCUUCAAGAAGCAAGGUCACGGCAUGGUCACCAUGGUUACCGCGAGCGGCGCCACCAUCACCAGCGGCUCGGCCACGUUGGGGAAGAUGCCCAAAUCCGGAGGGCGCUCUCUGUCGGGCGGCUUAACGGGCGGGCAGGACGCGGGGUCUGCGUUGGGUCACCAUGAUGACGGCUUCCUCCCGAUGAGCGCCCGCUCCACUCUGCAGUACCGCAGCCUGCCCAGGCCCAGCCGCUCGGGCGCCGCGGCCCGUAACGGCAACCGCUCGUCCACCAGCAGCAUCGAGGCGGCCGUGCUCUCCGUCACGUCUCACGAAAACUCGUUUGGCGUCGCCAAGCCCAACGGGUCAGCGGCGCUCCUGGCCAAUCAGACGGAUCGCGAGAAGGGCGUCUCCGAGAUCGACAACCUGCGGAGCGGGAUGCAGGGCGGCCCGGCGGCGGGAAGACAGCAGGUUUCAUCACCAACGCUGCGCAGGUUGUUUGGUGGUAAAGCCAGCAAACAAGCUCCAGUCACCACAGCUGAAAACCUGAAGAACUCCACGGUGAUCUCCAACCCCCACGCCACCAUGAACCACGUUCCUACGGUGCUGGAGUCGCCUGAUGGCGUGCUGGGAGGCGGGGACAGCGAGACCAGCAGCCCCCUGUUUGGAGGCCGAGCCCUGGGGUCAGGAACUGGGACUCUGGGCAGCGAGCAGACCUCCAGCCCAGGAUCUAUGUAUUCCUCCACCGGUCCCUCCAACAGCCUGACUUGGGGAACCACCUUCAGCAGCUCGUCUGUGCCGAGUAGAGAGGGCACCCUGGGUGGGCACGGCGGGGCGGGCAGUGUGGGAUUCCCAGUCAGCAGCAUGCACACCAGCAGCGAGUCCAUCGACAUGAGCCUGAGCAGCGCCGGCGGACUCGGCACACACCAGGAGGACACCAUCUCUGCUCUGGGUCGCGGGAGCGUCAAGACCGGCAUGUCAGAGAGUCCCCUCUCCUCGCCCUCCGCUAGCCCCAUAUUCAGCCGAAACACGCUACCUCGGAGGCAGGACAGCGGGCCACAUUGUGGUAGAAACACUCUGCCUAAGAAGGAUUCAGGUACCUCAUUUGUUUUCCUGUAUGGUCCGUCUCAGCAGCUGCGAGGUCAUGAGGACCGUGAUUGGCUGCGCUCCCACUCCACCAGUGGGCUGCAGGACUCCGCCAGUAACUCACCGUUCUCCCCCGGCUCCAGCCUCACCUCUCCCUCUGGAACUCGCUUCAACUUUGGACAGCUGGCAUCCAGCCCAACCUCUGCAGGUCAGAUCAACCUCGCUGGUAUGCGCAACAACAGCCUGACCAAUCAGGACACUCCUUUUGACCCGUGCAGCGACAGCCGACUGAGAAACUCGUGCAUGUCGCUGGACGAGAAGACCCGCACCAUGAGCCGGUCGGGAUCUUUCAGAGACGGCUUCGAAGAAGUUCAUGGCUCAUCUCUGUCUUUGGUGUCCAGCACUUCUUCCAUUUACUCCACGAACGAGGAGAAGUCUCAGUCAGAGAUCCGAAAACUUCGCCGGGAGCUGGAUGCCUCCCAGGAAAAGGUUUCUGCCCUCACCACGCAGCUGAGCGCCAAUGCUCACCUGGUUGCAGCUUUUGAACAGAGUCUGGGCAACAUGACCAUCAGGCUGAAAAGUCUAACUCUGACUGCAGAGCAGAAGGACUCUGAGCUGAAUGAGCUGAGGAAGACCAUCGAGCUGCUGAAGAAGCAGAACGCCGUUGCUCAGGCGGCCAUCAACGGAGUCAUCAACACACCUGAACUUGUUCCCAAAGCAGAUCGGACAGCUGGCAGUAACGGUACGAUGCAGCAGCAGCAGAAUCAGCAGCCAGACCUGCGCAUCAGGCGGCAGCAUUCCUCCGACAGCGUCAGCAGCGUCGCCAGCGCCACCAGCCACUCCAGCGUGGGAUCCAACAUGGACGCAGACGCAAAGAACAAAAAGAAGAACAAAAAGAACUGGCUGCGCAGUUCCUUUAAACAAGCGUUCACCAAGAAGAAAUCUCCCAAAUCCGCCUCGUCUCACUCAGACAUCGAGGAAAUGACGGACUCAUCCCUGCCGUCCUCCCCCAAACUGCCUCACAACGGCACUUCAGCCUCCAGCCACAUCCUCAGGAACACACACUCCAACACUCUAUUGUCGGAGUGUUUGGACAGCGAGGCCGAGACGGUGAUGCAGCUGCGGAGUGAACUCAGGGAAAAGGAGAUGAAGCUGACCGACAUUCGCCUGGAGGCCCUCAGCUCGGCGCAUCAGCUGGACCAGCUUCGGGAGGCCAUGAACCGCAUGCAGCUGGAGAUUGAGAAGCUGAAGUCGGAGAAUGACCGCCUGAAGCUGGAGAGUCAGGGCAGCAGGACGGGAUCGCAGGCGUCCAUCUCAGCGUCUCCUCCGCCUCACACACAAAGCCAAAGCGCGGGCCCCGCUGCGGGUCUGUCCCAGCACAGCCUCAACCUUACCACCAGCGAGUCCACCAGUCUGGACAUGCUGCUGGAAGACACGGGUGGAGACGGUGGGACGAGGAAGGAAGGUCGGCACGUAAAGAUUGUAGUCAGCCUCGACGCGGAGAUCAAAUGGGGGGAGGAGAGUCAGUCUCGCCACUUCCUGAUUGGUUGCAUCGGAGUGAGCGGCAAAACGAAGUGGGAUGUUUUGGAUGGAGUGGUCCGGCGCCUCUUUAAGGAGUAUAUCACUCAUGUUGACCCGGUGAGCCAGCUCGGCCUGAGCACAGACAGCGUUCAGGGCUACAACAUCGGUGAAAUCCAUCGGCCCAGCAGCUCCAGUACAGCCAGUACGCCUGAGCUGCUGCCCUGCGGCUACCUGGUGGGAGACAACACCAUCAACAUCCAGCUCAAAGGUGCGAGCAGUGAAAACGUCGACUCUCUCGUGUUUGACACGUUGAUCCCGAAGCCGAUGCUGCAGCGCUACGUCUCCCUCCUGAGGGAGCACAGACGGGUCAUCCUGUCCGGGCCGAGCGGCACCGGGAAGACCUACCUGGCCAAUCAGCUGGCGCGACACCUUUUGCUCCUCGAGGGCCGACCUCUGACCCCGAACGCUGUCGUCACUUUCAACGUGGAUCACAAGUCCAGCAAGGAACUUCGUCAGUACCUGUCAGGAUUAGCACAGCAAUGCAACAGUGUUUGUGGGGAAGACAGCCCCCUGGUGGUCAUUCUGGACAACCUCCACCACAUCAGCUCUCUGGGAGAAAUCUUUAAUGGCCUCUUCAACUGCAACUACCAGCACUGUCCUUACAUUAUCGGCACCAUGAGCCAAGCCACAUCUUCAGCUCCAAACCUCCAGCUUCAUCAUAACUUCCGGUGGGUCCUGUGUGCCAACCACACUGAGCCAGUAAAGGGAUUCCUUGGUCGAUACCUGAGGAGGAAGCUAAUAGAGAUGGAGAUCGGUAGCCGGACCCGAAACGCAGAGCUGGUGAAGAUCAUGGACUGGGUGCCGCGGGUUUGGCACCAUCUGAACCGCUUCCUGGAGACUCACAGCUCCUCUGACGUCACAAUCGGACCCCGCCUCUUUCUGUCAUGCCCCAUGGACGUGGAGGGAUCCAGGGUUUGGUUCACUGACCUGUGGAAUUACUCCAUCAUCCCCUACAUGCUGGAGGCCGUACGCGAAGGACUGCAGCUUUACGGCCGCCGGGCAGCGUGGGAGGAUCCAGCAGCCUGGGUGAUCGACUCGUACCCCUGGUCAUCGACGCCACCUCCAGGCGACUGGCCUCCGCUGCUGCAGCUCCGCCCAGAAGACGUCGGCUUUGACGGCUACUCUGCACCAAGAGAAGGAGUCAGGAAAGAGCCGCCGCAAAGCGACAGCGACGCAGAUCCACUGAUGAAUAUGCUGAUGCGCCUGAAGGAGGCGGCGACGUCAUCGAGCCCACAGAGCUACGACAGCGACUCCAACAGCAACAGUCACCAUGAUGACAUCCUGGACUCGUCCCUGGAGUCGACCUUAUGACGUCGCAGGAGCACAAAAGCUUCACUGUUUCUACUCCUUUCUCACCGUGAUGAGAACUCCUGGCACAAAAUGCAGCCACAUUUAUCUGGGUGCAGGUAACCCAAGUGUUUAAAAAAAAGACCAGUUUCUUCAGCACUGCCGUGAUUUUUUUAUUUUUUCCUUCACCGCUGUGGCCCUUGGUUCCUCUGUCAGGAGUCUGACGUCUGCUUCAGCAGAAAGUAGAAGCACACAGCCUGUGCCUGUUGAUGAGGCGUCCCUGUUACCAUCAUCAUGAGUCAACAGUUUACUUUAACACCAGCCAAGCGAUCGGCAUCCUCCACCGUGCUGCAGCGCACCGGACCCGCCUGCAGGUGGCGAUCCAACCCAUGCUCUCUUGCACUGUGAGCCAGCGCAACGACCCACGAUGAGCAAUGAGCUCAUCCUCUGCAGACCAACUCGUCUGAGUGACUGCUGGAUAAAACCGGCCAAAGUGAAUUUUCAGUUCAAAACACAGUAUUUUCUUUCUGAAAACACACUGCAAAAAAGUUUAUUUUUGGUUUAGUUUUUAGUAAUGAGACAAAACUAACUUUUCAGCAAGACAGAGAAACUUAUGUUAAGCAAAUAAUUCCUGAAUAUUGAUAUAAAAAGUACUAAUUCCACUGGCAGAUUAUUUUUCUUACGUCAUGGGAUGAGAAUAAAUGGGCUGAGAAUCAACAAAUAUGUGCUGCUAUGAACUAUCAAUACUUAAUAAUAUGUCUUAUUUUGCUUUAUGAUCUAAUUAAACUAUUACACAAGACACAUUCUUAUAAUUAAGCCUGAUACAUUUUUCUGAGUAACAUUUGAAUUUUUGCUACAUUUUUCAACAGAUUCAUAUAUGAGUGGCAGAUUCCUUAAAAGCAGAUAUUAGGAAAAUAUAUUUGUAACAUAUUGUAUAUUUUGCCUAUUUGACCAGAUCCUAAUUUGACACAAUUUUUUUUACAAAUAUUUCUGAAAUAAAGACAGCAAAAUGGAGCAGAAAAUGUAUCAGAUUUACUCUAAAACUUGAAAGAAAAAUGUGAAAAAUUUAGUUUUUUCAUAUUUUUGUACUUCUAUUUAGGUUUCUACUCCUCAUUAAAAAAAACUCUUAAAAACUCACCCAGACUUUUUUGACGGCAUUUUAAUGUUUUUUUGUUGUCGUUUUUCAGUGUCUGGAAAAGGAAUUGUUUCAAAAACGUCUGAAACGCAACGUCUCAAAUCACCAGGCGUUGCCCGUUACCUAACAACCCAAGCUAGGUAAAAAGCUGAGAUACAUUUAAAAUACAUUUCAUUUGCAUAACAGUUUCUAAACUCUUCUAAACACAAAAAACUACAAGUAGAGCUCUCAGUACAUCACACAGAAACAUAAAAAAAGAACACUGAAAUACAUAGUAUGUUCAAAAACAUAUGUAUUAAAAUAAAAUAGGACAUGCAGUAAAAGCUAUAUGUAGAAUGAUUGCUGGAAAAAACGAGUGUUUUGUUGUUGAAACCAGUUUCUGCAUUCUUAUUGGUUGUGCAGGAGGCUCUACGUCUGCUUUUCAAAGAGCUGCAGACUAAAAUCUCCAUAUUUAAGAUUGAUUUUGUGGCAAAAAUGUAUCAAACAUGUUUUACAUCUCCUAUAAAAGGAUCCUAACCUGUUCAAGGAAGCGUCAGAGGUGACUUUGAAGCUGGAAUUCACUUUGGAGGGAUUUGUCCUUUAAAUGGCUGGCUGAGAUGAUCUGUGUCCUGAUUUCUUUAAUUCAUCGCUUCUUUCUUUGAGCCCUCUGAUCUCUCUUCGCACAUUUGGCCCAUGCAGGCUUUUGUAGCACAAAUCUCCUUUUGGUGCUGGACUGAGUUCCAACAAACAAUGCCUUACUCUUUGCUACCAGACUACGUGCAUUAGCUGAUUAACCUUUUUUUUGUCUGAAUGGCUGUAAAACGUAACAGGGCUCCAAAAGUCGAGCUCUCCUCGAGCGGCUGCAGUUAUCGAGGAGCGCCGUCGACCUCAUAUCAAUCACCGUUGCCGUUGGAACGUUGAAUAGAUGCGAAUCAGAAGCAGUACUUUUGAAUUAAAGAUCUAUUUUUUGUUUGUUGCUCUUUUUGCAUGAAUGAUCUGACAAGAUUGUAAAUAUGAACUGCAAGAAAGAAAAAUAUUUCAGUGUGUUUUGGUGCUUAAAAUCAGAACCUGUUGGUGACUGAGGCAAGUAAAAGACUUGAUUUUAUACCUCACCUCCCAUCUUUUAACUGUUUUUUUUUUUCAUUGUUCUGAUUAUGAACAAAACUCAGACAUGUUGAACUAGUUUUAAAGCUGCUUUGUUUAUAUUAAAAAAAUAUACGUAAGAGGUUAUUAAUAUAAAAGGUACGUGUGAAAAAUGAGUAAAAAUGGUCUGGCAUGUUUAUAACUUUAAAACCUUUUAUUUUCUCCCUUAAACCUCCAAGCCUGCCUUCAGAGAUGCUUAAAUCCAGAGAAUUACAAGUCCACUGUUUCAAUAUUUUACUCACCGAUCCUAUGCAACAUUUAAUCCAGAAAUGAAAACUGAACAUAUGUUUGUCCCCCAGUUUGAAGAUGUUUUGCAUGGCACUAGCUUUGUGGCCAGCGUUCUACGACAGCAAUUUAAGACCGGAUAAAAAGAGUACGUUUCUGCCAAACAAAAAGCUCAGAAAUUUUUUAAUGAAUCUGAGAAAAUUUGUAGAAAAAUUGGGAAAUUUCCUAGUUUGAAAAAUUCAAAAUCUCAGAAAUGUAUUUUUUUUCUUUACAUUUCCAAGUUUUAAGUUGAAUAGUUGCAAGAAAAAGAAAAACUCAUCAAUUUUGAAAUUAAUCUCAGAAUUUUUUUUUUAAUUGAGAGAAAGAAAAAUUGAGGUUGAUAUCAAAUGUGGUUUUUUCUAGCAGAUUUUUGAGUUUUGGAACUCAAAAAUUUCAGUGCAAAUUUCUCAGUUUCAAGUCAAAUAUUUGCAAAGAAAAAACUGGAAAGUUGAGACUAAUCUCAGAAAUUGUAAAGCAAAACCUUGAAAGUUUAAAAUCAAACAUUUGUAAUAAAAAUAUUUUUUUUAGGAAAGUUUUUCUAAACUCUUGGAGCUCAAAAAUUUCCUUGAAAGUCUGAGUUUCAUGUCAAAUGUAUAAGAAAUUAAUUUGGAAAUUAAUUUCAGAAAUGUUUUCAGAAGAAACUUAGAAAUUUCAAGUCAAACAUUUCCAAGCAAAUGAUUAUUUCUUAUAAGUCUCAAAAAUGUUUCAGAAAAAAUCCUUAUGAAAAUUUUCAGAGAUUAAUCUCAAAAUUAAAAAUUUUGGGGCAGAAAUUUGCUUUUUCUAUUCGCAGUGGCCCUGAUGCACCAUCGUAGUUCUCAUUGUCUUUGUGUUUCCCGGUUGCUUUACUUUUGUAAUCCUGCUGCUCUUGUUGCAAGCACAAAAUGUUCUGCAAGUCCGUGCAAAGCCAGCUCUGUUAGGUAUGAAUGUCUGAAGCCUUUGACUGGUCCAUCAUUUUAUUACUCACAAACUUAAUGAAUGUUUAGAUUUCAUAGCCAUGUACAUUUUUAUAUGUAAGAUAACUUUGUAAAUAGCUGUUGAUCUUGCAGCAGUUUGAUGACUUUUUUAGCCGAUUUGGUAUAAUACUUGAAAAUUGGUAUUUUGUGUACAGUCUUUGUGUCAGAGCAGAUCGAUGCAGUUUGUCAUCACGUGUUUGUCCAGGACUCAGAGAAUUGAAUCUGAUAUCACUGUACUAGUCUUAAGUUAUUGUGAUUCAAUAAAUUUAUUAAUUUAUAACUGAA